UGGUAGUUGAUUAAUCAAGAAUACAAUUUGUACUUGAUUUUGCUUCAAAAAUGGUUAAAGAAAGAUUCUUUGGAUAAUUUUGCUUUGUUGGGUUUUUGCUUUAAACCUAUCAAGAAGGGUAAAUAGUUGAUUCAGUUUGAGGAGAUAGAAUGAAGGAUUUUGCUGGCACACCUGGUACUUUAACUGGGCUUUUUCUGAGGAUGGCUCAGUGCUUUUUUGCUGCUGGUGCAAUUGCCUCAAUGGUUACCUCUAAAGGUUUCUUCAAUGUCACAGCUUUUUGCUACUUAAUAGCCUCAAUGGCUUUGCAAGUCAUCUGGAGCUUCGGACUUGCAUUUUUGGAUGCCUAUUUCUUGGCAAAGAAGAAGUCUUUCCACAAUCAUGUUUUACUGAGCCUCUUCGUAGUUGGAGACUGGUGUACAGGAUUACUAUCGCUCGCUGCAGCUGCUUCUUCAGCUGGCGUAACAGUGUUGUACUUUCAUGACUUGGGAAGCUGCAGUUUCGGCGAGGAAUGCACCAAGUUCCAGUUAUCCGUUGCAUUUGCUUUCCUCAGUUGGAUAUCGAUUUUUAUAUCUUCUCUAAUUAUGUUUUGGAUAUGGGCUGCCCAUUAGACGACUCAACAGGGUGCUGCAUUCAUCUGUUGCCGCGGUAUUUCGUCACUGUCCAAUUUUUGAAGUGUGAAUAGGGGAAAAAAUUAGGAAAAAAAGAGUAUUCAUUUUGUAUACUGAUGCUACAGAAUACUUAUUUUUCUUUCAUCAUCCGUACAGAAGAAACUGUAAUCGAUCACUUGAAGUUAAUUGAGGAAGAUUUUUUUUGUCUUACAGUUUUA